GGGUCUCCUUCCUCCCGAGUGAGAAGAAGGGAGCGAUCGCUUCAGAUCUCAACUGAGGAAAGACUGGUAAUAACAGAAAAAAGGGAAGAAGGACAAAUUAAAUUUUAAUCCAAUUAAUGAAAAGCCGCCGUAACGUUUUAGCUGACAAUUCUUGUGUGGUUUGAGAAACCCUAAAAUUGGGUCUCGGUGCCUGCUACCAUGGAUGUACGAUUCCCGUACUCUCCGGCGGAGGUGGCCAAGGUCCGGGUGGUCCAGUUCGGCAUCCUCAGCCCCGAUGAAAUUAGACAAAUGUCAGUGGUGCAUAUAGAGCACAGCGAGACGACAGAGAGGGGAAAGCCGAAGAUAGGGGGUUUGAGUGACCCCCGGCUGGGGACAAUUGAUCGGAAGAUGAAAUGUGAAACUUGUAUGGCUAGUAUGGCGGAAUGCCCCGGUCAUUUUGGUCAUCUUGAGCUAGCAAAGCCUAUGUUUCACAUUGGUUUUAUAAAGACAGUGCUCAGUAUUAUGCGUUGCGUAUGCUUUAACUGCUCCAAAAUACUAGCAGAUGAGGAGGAUCCCAAGUUCAAGCAGGCACUCAGGAUAAGAAAUCCUAAGAAUAGACUUAAGAAGAUAUUGGAUGCCUGCAAAAACAAAAGUAAAUGCGAAGGAGGUGAUGAAAUUGAUGUUCAAGGUCAAGAUUCUGAAGAACCAGUUAAGAAGACACGGGGUGGUUGUGGUGCUCAGCAGCCAAAACUUACUAUUGAUGGAAUGAAAAUGGUUGCUGAAUACAAGGUUCAGAAAAAGAAAAAUGAUGAUCAAGAGCAGUUGCCUGAACCUGUUGAGCGAAAGCAACAGCUUUCUGCGGAAAAGGUUCUUAGUAUUCUGAAAAGGAUAAGUGAUGAAGAUUGCCAGUUACUAGGAUUCAACCCCAAAUAUGCUCGUCCAGACUGGAUGAUUCUUCAAGUUCUUCCUAUACCACCACCUCCUGUUAGACCUUCUGUAAUGAUGGACACUUCUUCAAGGAGUGAGGAUGAUCUGACUCAUCAGCUAGCUAUGGUCAUAAGGCACAAUGAGAAUCUUAAGAGGCAAGAGAGAAAUGGGGCACCUGCUCACAUAAUCUCAGAAUUUGCACAGUUAUUGCAGUUCCAUAUAGCUACAUACUUUGAUAAUGAACUGCCUGGACAGCCAAGAGCUACACAAAGAUCUGGUAGACCAAUUAAAUCAAUAUGUAGCAGAUUGAAAGCGAAGGAAGGUCGGAUUAGAGGCAACUUGAUGGGUAAAAGAGUGGACUUUUCUGCUCGGACUGUGAUUACACCUGACCCAACAAUCAAUAUUGAUCAACUGGGAGUGCCUUGGAGCAUUGCUCUCAAUCUGACAUAUCCAGAAACUGUUACUCCUUACAACAUUGAAAGGUUGAAAGAGCUUGUUGAAUAUGGCCCGCAUCCACCACCAGGAAAAACUGGUGCCAAGUACAUAAUCAGAGAUGAUGGUCAGAGGCUUGAUCUUCGUUAUUUGAAAAAAAGCAGUGAUCAGCAUCUGGAACUUGGAUAUAAGGUGGAGCGGCACUUAAAUGAUGGGGAUUUUGUACUUUUCAAUAGGCAACCUAGUCUGCACAAAAUGUCUAUAAUGGGGCAUAGGAUCAAGAUCAUGCCAUAUUCAACAUUUCGUUUAAAUUUGUCGGUUACUUCACCAUACAAUGCUGAUUUUGAUGGGGAUGAGAUGAAUAUGCAUGUUCCGCAGUCAUUUGAAACUAGAGCAGAAGUUCUGGAACUUAUGAUGGUCCCUAAAUGCAUCGUUUCACCCCAAUCAAAUCGGCCAGUAAUGGGCAUUGUCCAGGAUACACUUUUGGGAUGCCGCAAGAUAACUAAAAGAGAUACAUUUAUUGAGAAGGAUGUCUUUAUGAACAUUUUGAUGUGGUGGGAGGAUUUUGAUGGGAAGAUACCUGCUCCAGCAAUCUUGAAACCAAGGCCUCUUUGGACAGGAAAGCAAGUUUUCAAUCUUAUUAUUCCAAAACAAAUUAAUCUCCAGAGAAAUGCGGCAUGGCAUCAAGAUGAUGAACCUGGGCCUAUAACUCCGGGAGACACUCAAGUUCGUAUUGAGAAAGGGGAGUUGCUUACCGGUACCCUUUGCAAGAAGGCACUUGGAACUUCCACUGGAAGUCUUAUUCAUGUUAUUUGGGAGGAGGUUGGUCCAGAUGCAGCUCGCAAGUUUCUUGGACAUACACAGUGGCUUGUCAAUUAUUGGCUUUUGCAGAAUGGUUUUAGCAUUGGAAUUGGAGAUACUAUUGCUGAUGCUCAAACUAUGGAAAAAAUCAAUGAUACUAUUUCAAAUGCGAAGAAUGAUGUGAAAGAACUUAUCAGGAAAGCUCAAGAAAAGGCACUGGAGGCUGAACCUGGACGAACUAUGAUGGAUUCAUUUGAAAACAAAGUGAACCAGGUGCUGAAUAAGGCUCGUGAUGAUGCUGGAAGCAGUGCCCAAAAGAGCUUAUCAGAGAGUAACAAUCUAAAGGCAAUGGUUACUGCAGGAUCGAAGGGAAGUUUCAUCAAUAUAUCUCAGAUGACUGCUUGUGUGGGGCAGCAGAAUGUGGAAGGUAAACGAAUUCCUUUUGGAUUCAUUGACAGGACGCUGCCUCAUUUUACUAAAGAUGAUUUUGGUCCGGAAAGUCGUGGUUUUGUGGAGAAUUCAUAUCUGCGUGGGUUGACCCCCCAAGAGUUCUUCUUUCAUGCAAUGGGUGGUAGGGAAGGUCUGAUAGAUACGGCCGUUAAAACUUCUGAGACUGGUUACAUCCAAAGACGAUUGGUGAAGGCCAUGGAGGAUAUCAUGGUUAAAUAUGAUGGAACUGUCAGGAAUUCCCUGGGGGAUGUUAUUCAGUUUCUUUAUGGGGAAGAUGGCAUGGAUUCUGUGUGGAUUGAAUCACAGAAACUGGAAUCCUUAAAAGUCAAGAAAGGUGAAUUUGAUAGCAUGUACAAAUAUGAGAUUGAUGAUCCGAAUUGGAACCCUGAUUACAUGUUACCGGAAGCUGUGGAAGAUCUAAAGACCAUCCGGGAAAUCCGGAGUGUUUUUGAAGCAGAGUUUCAGAAACUUGAAGCUGAUAGGUUGCAACUAGGGACAGAGAUUGCAACCACAGGUGAUAACACCUGGCCUUUGCCUGUAAACAUUAGGAGACUUGUCUCAAAUGCACAGAAGACCUUUAAGAUAGAUUUCCGAAGGCCUUCAGAUAUGCAUCCCAUGGAGAUUGUUGAAGCAGUAGAUAAGCUACAGGAGAGGCUUAAGGUUGUUCAUGGUGAUGAUUAUCUUAGUGCUGAAGCUCAAAAGAAUGCUACCCUUUUCUUCAAUAUAUUGCUUCGGAGUGCCUUGGCGAGUAAAAGAGUAUUGAAUGACUACAGGCUUACUCGUGAAGCUUUUGAUUGGGUAAUUGGUGAGAUAGAGUCGCGUUUCCUACAGUCACUUGUCGCUCCUGGAGAAAUGAUUGGUUGUGUUGCUGCACAAUCCAUUGGUGAGCCUGCCACUCAGAUGACUCUUAAUACAUUCCAUUAUGCUGGUGUGAGUGCCAAGAAUGUUACCCUUGGUGUUCCUAGGUUGAGGGAGAUCAUUAAUGUGGCUAAGAAGAUAAAAACACCGUCUCUCUCUAUAUACCUGAAGCAUAAGGCAAGUGAAACAAAGGAGAAGGCAAAAAAUGUCCAAUGUGCUUUAGAAUACACCACCUUGCGUAGUGUUACACAGGCCACGGAAGUAUGGUACGAUCCAGAUCCAAUGAGCACCAUAAUCCCUGAAGACGUUGAAUUUGUGAAGUCUUAUUAUGAAAUGCCAGAUGAAGACAUCGAUCCUGAUAAAAUUUCUCCCUGGUUGCUGAGAAUAGAGUUGAAUCGGGAAAUGAUGGUAGACAAGAAGCUGAGUAUGGCAGACAUCGCGGAGAAGAUCAACCUUGAGUUUGAUAGUGAUCUGACUUGUAUAUUCAAUGAUGACAACGCUGAUAAGCUAAUACUUCGUAUUCGGAUCAUGAAUGAUGAAGCACCCAAGGGGGAGCUGAAUGAUGAAUCUGCUGAGGAUGAUGUCUUCCUUAAAAAGAUUGAGAGCAACAUGCUAACCGAAAUGGCUCUUCGGGGUAUUCCUGAUAUUAACAAAGUUUUUAUCAAACAAGCUAAAGUAAACAAAUUUACUCAGGAGGAAGGAUUUAAGACAGACUCCAAUGAGUUUAUGUUGGACUCAGAAGGUGUUAAUCUUUUAGCCGUUAUGUGCCAUGAAGAUGUUGAUGCCAGCAGGACGACAAGUAAUCACUUGAUUGAAGUUAUUGAAAUUCUUGGAAUAGAGGCAGUACGUAAGGCAUUGCUGGACGAAUUGCGUGUUGUCAUAUCCUUUGAUGGGUCUUAUGUAAACUACCGGCACCUUGCAAUAUUGUGUGAUACCAUGACUUAUCGUGGUCAUUUGAUGGCAAUCACUCGUCAUGGGAUUAAUCGAAAUGAUACUGGGCCAUUGAUGAGGUGCUCUUUUGAAGAAACUGUUGAUAUACUUCUCGAUGCUGCUGUUUAUGCGGAAACAGAUUACCUCCGGGGGGUUACUGAAAAUAUAAUGUUGGGUCAGCUUGCACCCAUUGGCACAGGAGACUGUGCCUUGUACCUCAACGAGGAGAUGUUGAAACAGGCUAUUGAGAUUUCUCUUCCCAGUUACAUGGAGGGUAACCUAGAAUUUGGGAUGACACCUGGUCGUUCGCCUUUUGGUGGAACGCCCUACCACGAGGGGAUGAUGUCUCCAGGUUAUUUGACAAGUCCAAAUGCCCGGUUGUCACCUCAUGCAGAUGCUCAGUUCUCUCCUUUUGUGCAAUCGAUGGGAUUAACUUUCUCUCCACAAUCAUCUCCAGGUUAUAGCCCAUCAUCCCCUGGAUACAGCCCCUCAUCCCCUGGUUACAGCCCCACUUCUCCAGGUUACAGCCCUACAUCCCCUGGUUACAGCCCCACUUCCCCUGGUUAUAGUCCAACUUCUCCUACUUAUAGUCCCAGUUCUCCUGGAUAUAGCCCAACUAGUCCUGCUUAUUCUCCAACUAGUCCUUCAUACUCACCCACUUCUCCCAGCUACAGCCCCACAUCUCCCAGUUAUAGCCCAACAUCUCCAAGUUAUAGUCCUACUUCUCCCAGUUAUAGUCCGACCUCUCCGAGUUAUAGCCCGACCUCCCCAGCAUACAGCCCGACCUCCCCAGCAUACAGCCCGACCUCCCCAUCUUAUAGCCCCACAUCACCUUCUUACAGCCCUACCUCACCUUCUUAUAGCCCUACCUCACCUUCUUAUAGCCCAACCUCACCCUCUUACAGUCCAACCUCUCCAUCAUACAGUCCCACAUCACCUGCAUAUAGUCCAACUUCUCCGGGUUACAGCCCCACCUCCCCAAGUUAUAGCCCUACCUCACCGAGCUAUAGUCCCACGUCUCCUAGCUACAAUCCCUCGGCAAGGUACAGCCCUUCACUUGCAUACUCCCCAACUAGUCCGAAGCUGUCACCUUCAAGCCCAUACAGUCCUUCCUCUCCAAGUUACAGCCCAACAUCACCUUCGUAUUCUCCAACAUCCCCAUCAUAUUCCCCUUCGAGUCCAACUUAUAGCCCAAGCAGUCCACACAACUCUGGUGGAGAUCCAGAUUAUAGCCCAAGUUCUCCACCAUAUAGUCCAAGUGCUGGAUAUUCACCUACUGCACCUGGGUACUCUCCAUCAUCUACAAGCCAAUACACUUCGCGAACAACUGAGAGAGAUGACAAGAGCGUCAAGGAUGAUAGGGGUCGUCGCUGAGGUGGGAGGAGGGUGACUUAAGGGGCAGGAGGCUGAACCUCGUCAGUAGGUUGAGCUCUCAGACCGGACCAUGAUAUUUGUGGACUUUGAAUUGCUCUCUCUCUUAUGCUGGCCUUAUUGUUGUGAUUUGGUUUUGUAUUCGGCCUUCAUGGAGCAGGUUGAAGUGGGAACUUGUUGGUCAAUGGUUGAUAAUGACAUGCUGUACAAGACAUUGUAUUUAGUAGCACGAUAUUUUGCAUUAGGUUUGUCAAACAUUACGAGAUGCCUAUUCGGGCUUGUGUUGGCGUUUGAAGGAUUUCUUCGUUGUUAUUAUUUCGAUAGGUUUUUUUAUCAAAAUGUGCUGAGAUUUGUACGAAUAGUACUUUUUCACGUUAUGGUAGACUCCUAAAGGGACAUGUUAAUGCCUUGGGUAGGACAGAAUUGUAACUGAUGCUUUCAGCUGUCUCGAGGAUUCUCUUUUACGUUGGCUCGUGUUUUUUAGCUUAGUUGAGUCUGAGAGGAUGUGGUUGUCAA